CGUGUCUUGGUAAUAUAUGUGGUUACGGUUUGAAUAAUGGCGCGCACCAAGCAGACGGCACGCAAGUCUACCGGCAGCAAGGCGCCGCGCAAGCAGCUGGCCACUAAGGCAGCUCGCAAGGGCGCGCCGGCCACCGGUGGCGUCAAGAAGCCUCACCGCUACCGUCCGGGCACGGUGGCCCUUCGCGGGAUCCGUCGCUACCAGAAGAGCACGGAGCUGCUCAUUCGCAAGCUGCCGUUCCAGUGGCUGGUGCGCGAGAUUGCGCAGGACUUCAAGACGGACCUGCGCUUCCAGAGCAGCGCUGUCAUGGCUCUGCAGGAGGCCAGCGAGGCGUACCUGGUCGGUCUGUUCGAGGACACGAACCUGUGCGCCAUCCACGCCAAGCGGGUGACCAUCAUGUCCAAGGACAUCCAGCUGGCGCGUCGCAUUCGUGGUGAGCGUGCUUAA